AUGGGUCAAUACGACGCCCCCUCAGGCCCACCACCCACCUACUCCGCCCCCGGCGCCACCAGCGGCGGCGGCGAAGCAGCAAACUACUACGCCGACUCCUCCGCACCCGCCGCACCCCAAAACAGCUACUACCCACCACAACAAGGCUAUGCCUCUCCCGCGCCAGACCCGCAUCGCGGGUUCAUGCCUCCUGGACAACAGCAAGGCUACCCUCCUCAGCAAGGAUACCCACCACAGCAAGGAUACGGUGGUCAGCAACCGAUGUAUUACCAACAGCAGGGAUACCCGCCGCCUCAGGGUUAUGUGCAGCAGCAGCAACAGAGUGGGAGUGGUGCGGGAGGUAUUUGUGCGGGUGUGUUGAGUGCGUUGGCUUGUUGUUGUUGUUUGGACAUUUUGUUCUAG